UCUGUCUUCUCCAUUUCUUUCUUCUUUGUCUUCUAUCCCAAGUAAAAACCUUUUCUUUUUUCUGGUGUGGAGCUAAUGCUGCUGGAUUAUUGAACAAAAAAACGAUAAACUACAAUGGCUGUGUACGACUUGGAAUUUCUUAACGCCGAGCUAUCAAAGCCGACGUCCAUUUUCGGCUUACGACUAUGGGUACUGAUCGGUGUUCUUUCCGGUUCACUCAUCGUCGUCGCUUUGUUUCUUAUCUCGCUUUGCCUCACCAAUCGCCGCAAAUCCGCCGGACACCACCACCUGGAGUACCCUUCCCCACCAGUGUCCAAAGAGUUUCAAGAAACAAUCAACCAACAAUCCGCUUCCGAUCACCACCGUAUCGUCCAGUCGGUGGCGGAGGUUCAAGUGGUGUUGACGAGUGGGGAAAGUAGAGGGCCUACGAGUGCAGGCGCGAGCGACACGGCGUCGUUGGGGAGUGGAAGCGUGGUGCCGGAAAUGUCUCAUCUCGGUUGGGGGAGAUGGUAUACUCUGAGGGAACUGGAGUUAGCUACGAACGGAUUGUGUGAAGAGAAUGUGAUCGGCGAAGGUGGCUACGGAAUCGUUUAUAGCGGCGUUUUAAGUGACGGAGCUAAAGUUGCUGUUAAGAACCUUCUUAAUAACAGGGGUCAAGCUGAGAAGGAAUUCAAGGUGGAGGUGGAAGCAAUCGGCCGAGCACGACACAAGAAUCUCGUGAGAUUGCAUGGAUAUUGUGCUGAAGGUGCAUACAGGAUGCUUGUAUAUGAGUUUGUGGACAAUGGCAAUUUAGAACAGUGGCUCCACGGUGAAGUCGGAGAUGUCAGUCCUCUUACAUGGGAUAUUCGGAUGAACAUCAUACUCGGAACAGCAAAAGGUUUGGCCUACCUUCACGAGGGUCUUGAACCAAAGGUCGUUCACCGGGACGUAAAAGCUAGCAACAUCUUACUCGAUCGCCAGUGGAACCCUAAGGUUUCCGAUUUCGGCCUUGCUAAACUCUUGUGCUCUGAAAGGACUUACGUGACGACUCGAGUGAUGGGAACAUUCGGUUAUGUUGCUCCAGAGUAUGCUUGUACCGGAAUGCUGAACGAGAAGAGUGAUGUCUAUAGUUUUGGAGUACUUAUAAUGGAGAUUAUUUCCGGGAGAUGUCCCGUGGAUUAUAGCCGACAGCAAGGAGAGGUGAAUUUGGUGGAAUGGUUAAAAACCAUGGUCGGAAACCGAAAAUCUAAGGAAGUAGUCGAUCCUAAACUACCUCAGAUACCGGCUUCAAAAGCACUUAAACGCAUACUACUAGUCGCUCUUCGAUGCAUCGAUCCUGAUGCAUUGAAGAGACCGAAAAUGGGACAUGUUAUCCACAUGCUCGAGUCUGAUGAUCUGCUAUUUCACGACGAACGUCGGAUUGCGAACGAUCAAUCCAAUGAUCAGCAAACAAAUCGCCAUGCUACGAAAUUCGGUGAGCGACGAUUUGACGAGGCCUCUGCUUCUCGUACAUGGGAAGGCGAUAGCGAAAGGAACCAUCACCACCAGCCAACUAGGUACAGAUAAUGAUGCUCCACUUAGCAAAACAAUGAUCUGCAUUCAUCCUUUGUCU